AUGGCUCGCAUCGCUCAAUAUAGAUCUCAAGUGGAGUCACGGAUCCAGAGACAGCAGAUCGUCGAGAGCCAGAUUCACGACCUCAAUAAGGAGCACGACGAGAUCAAGUACGAGAUCGCAUCCCUCAAGGCACUCAUCUCCGAGGCUCGCGAAUCCAUCACGGAGAACAUGGCUCACUACCAGCAGAAGGAGGCCUACCUGCGCGACCAGCUCAAGGAGGAAGAGUCAGCGCACCUCGCCACUUUCAUCAUCCAGAGGAAGCAAGAGGAAGAAACCUUCCGACACCAGCUACACGAGAACGCCGAGAUCAUGGUCCAACAAUAUCAACAACGCUGCCACGAACAACAGCAACGUCUUCUCUCCGAGAAAGCUCAGGCUCAGCAGGACAUCAGCAACAUCGCGAGGCUUGAACAGAACCAGCUUCAGGAUGCCAAGGAGCUACUUUUGGAGGAGUUCGGACAGGUCCAGGCUCAGAAGUACCGCACUUUGACGGCCCAGAGCGAGUACAACAGCGAGAUCGACAGGCUUCGAGGCACUUCCCGUGACAUGCAGCGCUUCGAGAACGAACUCCAGGAGCAGCACCAACUCCAACUACAGGAGCACCUUCAGCAACACAGACAGGAGCGCGAGCGACUGCACUGCGAACUACAGCAAGCCCACGAGUUCGGCACCAGCAUCGACGUGGACAUCCUCAGGGUUCAUACCCGCGACCAGCAGACCGACAAUAUCCUCUACCACAUCGACUUCGACGAACAGGAGCCCUUACUCCAGCACCUUCGUGCAAUAGUCGGCAAGCACCGCGACUCCACCCUCGUAGAGAUCCAAAACCUCACGGACAACGAGACCACCUCGACAUCCAGCGAGAUCACAGCGCUCAUCUGGGCGCUCGCAUACAUUAUCCACAAGGACAUCAACCACAGUAUCUCGGUCCACUCCGACUCGCUGGGAGCGAUCCAACUGGCCAGGAUGGAGGCUUUUACUAACCGAGACGCCCACCUCGUGCAGCUACUGGUGAUCAUGUAUUCGCACGUCAAGGAAUAUGUCGACCUGCGUCACGUUCACGCCCACGAGAUGAACCCGUGGAAUGAAGUUGCCGACGCCGCGGCCAACUACGCCCGCAUUGAGGACUACCCGCACCCACAACCUGAAUGGGCUAAUAUACUCAACGCGUCCCCUCAGCGCAGCUGGGAAUUCCUACUUGACGCCGACAACCACACCAAGGACGCUUACCCAUCCUUUUCACCUGGGAUGCUCAAGGCCCAACGCAUCGAUACCACGGCAACGACAGCCCACCUUUCGACACCAGCCAAGUCCACGAAGACCUCGACCGACAUAGACGUCAACAUCGCCACCUACAACAUCCAGUCAGGGCGCGAACCUGGCCACGGCGCUCGACGACGCAAAGAAAAGAUCCACAAGCUCAGAAAGACUAUGCUCAACCUGUACAUGGAGGACCUCCACCUGAUCGGCAUCCAGGAAGCCCGCACGCCAUGGGGAGUUCGCAGCGGCAACGACAUCACCAGCACGAGUGCGUACGCCUACCACGUCAUCUCAGGGGGCCACGAUCAGUACAACCUCGGCUGCGAGCUCCACAUACUCACCAGCAAGCCGUACGGAAAGGCAGGAGCCAAGGACCUCUACUUCCGCCCCGAUCAGUUCACCGUCAUCGAGCACAGCCCUCGGCAUCUCGUAGUAAGGAUCGAAGCCCCAGGCUUUCGACAUACAGUCUGCGUCGCCCAUGCACCACAUUCACGAGCCAAGCCACACGAGAAGGAUAUCUUCUGGGAGAUGAUCGAGUGCGCAACUUCUAACCACAAUAUCAACAUCUUCUUCAUCGACGCCAACGCUCGAACGGGCAGCUUAUGCAGCCAGGCAAUCGGCGAUCAAGGCUUCAAGCAAAAGGAGGACGACAACGGCGAACGCUUCCACAAGGUCCUGCAAGGUAACUCUCUCAUAGCCGCGAAUACCUUCAAAAGCGGAGGCCAGGACCACUACACAUGGGACUCAGGCAAGGACGUGCACAGACUGGACUACAUAGUGGUUGGCCACGAGCUCUUCGACUCCAUCUCCUACACGUCCGUAAUGUACGGUAUCGACACAGAACACGACCACUCACACAAGAACGACCACUUCCCUGUCAAGGCUAACCUCGCCUACACCGUCGAGACCGCAUACCAGCACGGCACGCCCAAGCUCGACAUCGCUAAGCUCGACUCCGAGACAGCCAAGAACGACUUUCAACGACGCCUGCAGCAGAUCCAACACCCCCCCUGGGAGACCAACCUCAACGACCAUACUAAGAGCAUCGUCGAUCAGAUAAAGGAAGCAGCCUACGCCAGCUUCAAGAAGAAGCAUCAUGCCCCCCGCAAGCCCUACAUUACCGAGGCCUCCUACGCGCUUCUUCGAUUCCGACGCACCCUCCUCAAGACGAUCCGCAUCGUGAAAAGGAAUGGCAUUGGCUCCAAGAAAUCACGCAGACGGAUCCGAUACACCGCGCACCUCAUCGCAAACCAGUCGGCUUCAGCGUCCCCUGACGACGUCAUCCACCUCAUGGACAUCCCUGGAUAUACUCAGCUGAUGAUCAAGACCAUCCUCUUCAUCAACCACGCGGACCCCGACCAUACCACGGCUCCACACCACGACAGCACCUACAGCACAACCACCUUCACUACAAAUCUUUUCGACUCAUACAUGAGCUUCAUCCAAGAUACCGACCGAGUUCUUAGAAACCGCCUCGACCACGACCGCGACGCCCACCUCGAGCGCUUCUCCGACAACAUGAUAUUAUCAGCUGCAGGGAACGCCCCGCGGCAGGAAUGGACAAACGUGAGGGCUUUACUCACAUACGGCGGCCGCACACCUAAGAGAACUCCGACUCCCAAAAUACGCCAAGACGAUCACGGCGCUCCACUCACGACGCCACAAGCCAUUGCGGAGCACGCCCUUCGAUACUACGGCAACAUCGAGAACGGCAUCAAUACCGACAUCGAAGGCGUCGUCAAGUACUACAACAACAAGACUGCGCACACAAAGCCGAUACCCCACAUCGACAAUGUCCAGACCAUCCACAACCUGACAUCCGCCCUGGCAGCCGCCAAGAAAGGCAAACGCGGCGGGCCCGACGGGAACACCGACGACAUGGCACGAGCAGCGCCGCGCCAGAUUGCCCGACUUCUGCACCCCAUCAUGAUGAAGAUGCAACUGAUGACGACGGAGCCUAUUUCGGCGAAGGGCGGUUUCUCCACCCAUUUCUCCAAAGGACAAGGACAGCUUCAUCUGCAGAAAGCCUACAGGGGCAUCCUCCUGAACAACACUAUUGGCAAGAUCAACAGCAAGUUCCUGAGAGGCCUCUUCCGCGACAUCUUACCCGACCUGCUCAUGGACACACAAUGCGGCGCCGUCCCUCACAAGGCGACUGACUUCAUCACUCACACCGCCUACACCUUCUUGGACGACUGCCAUACGCAGGCUCGCACGGGCAGCAUCCUCUUCCUGGACUUGAAAGAAGCCUUCCAUUCGGUAAUAAGGGAGUUCAUUUUCCAGCUGCCGACACAGGAGGACGAGCUCGAAGACGUCAUCGACAACAUCGAGAUUCCCAUAUGCCUCCUCCCCUCCCUACGACAACGACUUCGCUGUCCAGCACAUCUCAACGCCCACGUCGACGACUCUCACCUCUGCGCCCUCGUUGCCGACCACCACACGGCCAACUGGAUGACCGCCAAGGGCACCGACGCAUACGUGAUCCCUCGCACCAGUACCAGGCCAGGGGUGCCAUACUCCGACGCGGCUUUCAACAUGCAUUUCUCCCUAGUGCUUCAGGCCAUCGCCGACGACGCUGAAGGGGCAGAAGACGGUGAGAGCGGCCACCACAUCCGCCCCUGCGACAACCCGCUCUUCUCUACGGCCCCUCAUCAAGGCGGCAAGCUGACCAACAUGUCCUUCGUCGACGACCUCACCGACUUCAACUCGACCACCCGCCACUCCGACAUCAUUGACAUUACAAGAACUUCAGCCGAACGUCUAUGCCGUACAGCCUUCACCUACGGGCUCAAGCCACACCCAGACAAGACCAAGGUCAUCAUCUCCUUUAACGGGACGGGCUCCAACGUCGCACGCAGCAGGCUUGCACAGCAGAACAUUACAUCAAUCCAGCUGAGCAUCAUGUCGAUCUCGGUCCAGAUCACAGACCAGCACCGACUCUUAGGCACCAUCCUAACCAACGGCAGCAUGGGCCCCGAGGUGCAGAAUCGCAUGCGACGAACCGACGCUUCGGCACGAGCUCUUGAGAGGCAAAUCCUAAGACGUCGACGCCUACCCCGCAAAACGAAGAUCAAGUACGUGCACGCCCUCUCGACCGCCUCAUUGACCUUCAACCAUCACGUCUGGCCAACACUGACCCAGACUGACCACCAGCGCAUCUCCAAUGCCUACUCGAAGCCCUAUCGCACGGCAGCUGGAUUACCCAAAGCUAACUCGCAGCUUCAUCAUUUCACGGCCACCGAAGUAGUAGCUUACACCGGCAUCCCCGACUUCGACCACCACCAGUCUGCUGGACGGCUGCGAUACUUACCACGGCUUCUACGACACGCUCCUCAGCAGCUCCUCCAACUGCUUGACAACCAGCGACGGAGAAAGGGCUCAUGGACAUACAUGCUUUUCCAGGACUUCGACUUCCUGCGUACAUACCUGGACGACCAGCGCUGGCCCACGACCAGCAAGCUCGACCCCGACGUUUUUGCAUGGGCUCGCACCACGCCGAAGCACUUCACCAACUCCGUCAACCUGGCCGUCACAAACUACAUCCGCGCCUCCAAAGACCACGCCCACGCCGACAAGCUGACCAAGGUGUUCAGACCCGACGGCCCCAUUGGUGCGGGCACCACGCCAUCACGCGACAACGGCGCCAGCAACUUCAUCUGCUACGAGUGUGGAAUCGUAACCAAGACCAAGCAGGGCAUGGCAAUACAUAUCGGACCUGCCCUCACGGAGGAGGACGUGGCCACCAAUCAGGCGAUCUACGCGGCCAGCAUAGCCGACAACAAACGCAGAGUCUGCCCCAGCAUGAGGUCGGACUGCAGCCUGCUGAUCCGACGACCCGAGCUGGCCGUAACAUGGCCCAUGACGGUCGAGACAGACGCCCACCACGGCAAGAUGGCCGUAGCGCACAAGGUGGCCGCCAACCCCAUCCGGGACAUCGAGCCGAUAGCGAUAGCGAUAGCGAUAGCCAUUGACAUGGAGUUCCUAUCUGUAUUCGCGAGCGUGUUUUUGUUCCUAGGGUGCGCGGUGCAGGUCGCGAUACCGAUGCGCCACAUGAGGGCUGGCGCCGCGGUCGGAGAGGCCUCCGAGGAGGCGCAGGCACGGCGAGCCGAGGCCUCCGAUGCCGAGGCCGGCGAGGUGGCCCUGAAGGAGACAACCGACGUGGCGGGGACAGAGGAGUCGUCUGACGUGGCCGAGUCCGCGAAGGCGUCCGACCAGGCCGAGGCAGAGGAGUCUGCCGCGGCAGCCAGGGCAUUCGACCAGGGCACAGCCGACACGGCCGCCGACACCGCGGAGACUGCUGAGGCAGCCGGCGAGGCCAGGGCAGAGGAGUCGUCCGACGCGGCCGAGGCAGAGGCGUCCGGCAAGGCCGAGGCCGCGGAGGCCUCCGACGUGUCGGACGCUGCCAAGGCAACCGACGAGGCCGGGACGGCCGAAACGACAGAAGCAUCCGACAAGGCCGAGGACUCCGACGACAAGUCGGAGGCUGCCGAGGCGACCGGCGAGGCUGGGGCAGAGGAGUCGUCCGACGCGGCCGAAACGACAGAAGAAUCUGACAAGGCCGGGGUUGGCGAGACCUCCGACAAGUCGGACGCUGCUGAGACGACCGACGAGGCCGAGAUCAGUGGUAAAUCCGAUCAAGAGUUGUCCAAUAAGGCAGUGCUCCUGUUCGAAAAGGAGGCCGAUAAGUCCAAGGGCGUAGAUGCCGAGGCGGGCCACGAGGCGAAGGCCGGCGAGGAGGGCAAGGCCUGGCGCGCCGGGCCCGCGGCGAGCCUCUCGGGCAGAAGCGAG